AUGGUUGCGCCAGCUGUCCCCGAUUCAAUUCCUUUCAGGAUAUACGAGGAGGAAGAUGUCUUUGCUGCGGUCGAUGCGCGCACUGAGUCAUUGCAGAACUUGCGAGAACUAGGCCCUCCGGACUUGGUUUAUUUGGUCAAACAGCUUAAGACCAACGCCAAUCGCCAGACCGGCGUCUACCACCAUGUCACCGGAAUCGAUGCCUCCUCCUCUGCCAGCCUCGCCGCCUACGUAAAUACGCUUACCUUUUCUCCUCUUGAUAAGACACACAGAGUGGUUUCAGGGAUUUACUGUUGCUACAAUGCAUUCUCCCACCUGGACAUGCGAGUCGAAGUGAAGAUCCCAGGCAGCCUGGAAAGUUACUGCAUAGAUGAACGCGGAGACAAGCGCGUUGCGACGGAAGCACUAUGGCUAGAGACUUUCCUCUGCGGAGUCCUGAGAGCGUAUUCCUAUGCAGACGAUGGCAGCGGAGAUUCGAUCAGGAAGAUUGUCGGAGUUCGUCGUUUCAACCCUGUCACUAACACAGAGAUGGAACACAAGUUCAUGGACGCUGCUGAAAGGCUCUUUUUCCUAGGGAGACAGCUUAGUUCCGACCCGGAGACCCAAGUACCUAACACUGUCAGCAACCAUUUAACAUCGGGCCUUCUGAAGUACAUCUGGACGACAGGGCGCUACACCUCGGGAAUUAAUCUCUUUGAGAAACUUCGCACACGGGAUGUAGAGGUUUCUUCGUUGUUGACUCGGGUUCUCAUGAUGGCUGAUGAGGAAGUACAAGCGGUACGACUGAUGUACGAUGCACUGCAGGACGUCCCAAUGGAUUAUGCUCUGCUUGACAGUCAAGCAGCCUUCUGUCAGGAGAAGGGAGAAGGAGAAAUGGCCCUGGAGUGCGCAAAGCGGGCCGUGACUGCUGCACCCAGCGAGUUCAGCACAUGGGCACGGUUGGGUGAGGUUUACGUGAGCCUCGAACAGUGGGAUUUGGCACUUCUCACGCUCAACUCAUGCCCCAUGUUUACCUACCAGGAUAAGGACACCCCUCGAAUGCCUCAACCAUCCCGUAUCAUGCUUCCUAUUCUUGCGGAAAGCAUGUUGGAUGAAAUCGACGAAGGCCAGCCCCGGCAGGGGGAUCCUCAUGACUACGUCCACCCCUCCCUGCGCAGGUUGCAUGCGGCCACAUAUCAGGGUACCUUCCUGAAAGCCUACAAUCUCCUGACCAAGAUCGCCGCCGCGAUUGGGUGGGACCAACUUCUCAAAAUCCGCAGUGAAGUCUUUGUGAUGGAGGAAGAAUACCGGGUCGAACGCCAACAUUCGGUAUCAAAGCCUGAAUUGUCAAACAGCCCAGUAGAGGCCAAUGGGAACGGAGAGCAUGAAAAUGUCACAAAUGGCCCAGAAGGUGCAGCAACUCCGAACGGAGAGAACAGUGAACAAACCGCGCAUGCAAUCGAGAGACCGGAGCAAACGGUGGCAUCAGCAGUGGUCAAAUCUGGGAAUGACGACCCUGACCCAUCGCACUCAUCCUACGCACAAUUCCGCAAUAAACGCCUGUGCGAAAGGUGGCUCGACAACCUAUUUAUGGUGCUCUACGAGGAUCUCCGCAUCUACACAAUCUGGCGUACGGAGAUGGCACAAUUCCGCCAACAAGCCAUCGAAUACAAGAAGUCCGCCACCGAGUGGGAGAUUCUCGGCGAACUGGCGGAGCGACUGCACCACUUUGAUGAGGCGAUUGAGGCCUACCAGCAGUGCCUAUCGAUCCGGUUCUCACCCAAAGCCAUGCGCGGCCUGUUGAAACUUUACGAAAAGCGCAACGACACAAGAGGAAUGCUCGGUGCUUUGAUCCGUCUCAUUGCCUGGCAAUACCGCUGGUACUCCGAGUUCUCACCCGAAUUGCUCUACAUGAUUCGCAAACUCAUCGAGGACGAAGGCGCCGUCAAGGUGCGCAGUAUAGUUCAGGCAACGAAUCUACCCCAGCCUGUGCUCGACCUCACUCAUCAAUACUGUCAACUGUGUGCAACGUUCCGCAGCAGCGGCAGUGACGGUUAG